AGGGCUCCAGCAGGGAGUUCAGACCCUGCUGCUUUGACCACAGGGUUCCCUUUCUUGUCUACCCAGACCCCAGUGUCAUUUUAUGCAGGGAAGGCAGGAACUUCAGGGACAGGGAGGGGAUACUUUCUAUUUUGUUUAAGCUCUUUCAUUUUCGUUUCAUCCUAGACCAGUGGUUUAGUCAGACUCCACGCAGGAGAGGACAUCCCUAUAUAAGGCUCAGUCCCUAGGUUACAGACUGUCCUAGCCAGGGUCUGCUGCAGUGUGGAAGAGGUGCAGCCGAGCCAUCGUCCCUCAACGGUGACGUGACACCCGCAGCAAAAAUGAGCAAGGAGCAGCUGAAGGAGAAGUUGGAUGCCCUUCAGUGUCACUUCACCUGGAAAAUGGGUGCCAGCUCUUUCAAUCCUCUGCAUAUCCUGCAGAAGUUGGAUGUUGAGAUCAAACACACGGCCCACCAGAACCAGGUGGCCCUCCUGGGGCUCCAGGCCUACCUGCACCAGCUGAACAACCAGAGCACGGAAGCUCUGCGAAGCCUCAGAGCUGCUGAGGAGUACAACAGGGAAGAGGAGCAGCCGGCAUCUACUGCUGGCUCUUUGAUUAUCUACGGGAAUUAUGCUUGGAUUUACUACCUUCAGGCCUCCUAUCAGGAGGCUGAAAGCUGCCUGGAACGAAUUCAGCAGCUCUGCCCAACUCCUUGGGAUGUGCGGCUGAUCCCGCACAUCCAGGCCCAGAAAGGCUGGUCCCUCCUGGCUAUCAGAGCCCGGAACGGGGAACGGGCAAGGGAGUGCUUCAAUGUGGCCUUGAUGCUCGAACCAGAGAACAGAUCUUUCCAUACCGGGCUUGGAAUGGCUCUUUAUUCCUCCUGGAUUUUCUUCCGGCAGCCUGAUAUUGCAAGUGAAGCCAUAAUCCAGUUGGAAAGAAUUGUCCACGAGCAGCCAAAUAACUACAAAGCCAAAAUAUAUUUGGCCAGGCUACUUGAACAGUUAGAUAGGGAAAGAUCAAUUGGCUUGAUUGAAGAAUGUUCAGAGAACAGCUCUGACCCCGAGGUCCUCAAAUCAUCAGCUUUGUUCUGGAUGCCACAGUCGACAGAGCGAGCAGUUGAGAUCCUGCAGCGAGCCCUGCAGCAGGACCCGGGUUACCACCUUCUCUACCAGGCCUUGGCCAAGUGCUACAAGCAACAGUGGCUUGAAGCAAAGCAGGAAGACAAGAAUAAUAUACUGGAUGCAGCCAUCAAGGACCUCCAGCAAAUAAUUCAGAAACAUCCAGACCUUGACCUUACACUUGUCAAGCUGCAGUUGGCAGAGUUCAUUGGUGAAAGAGACCCAGCACAGGAAGAAGAGAUGUACAAGGAGCUGCAGGAGAAAAUCGACACCCUAAGCCUCAGGUGCCGUCAAGCCCUGAAUCUCCACUGGGGAAAGUUCUUCCUCUACCGUAAGAGAUCCCUGGAUAUGGCAAAAGCCAAGUUCAUGGAUGGUUACAGCAUUACCGUGCAGACAAACCAGAGGAGGGAAUGUGGCUGCAGACUGAGAAAGAUGGCUCAUCUCUACCAGCGUGCCGGGGACACCGCCGCCACCGAGGCCAUCCUCCGCUUCCUCAAGGAGGCCAACUGGCACCUGCCUACGGAGUUUGCUGCACUCGGUUUAGAUGAUGGGGAGAGCCUCAUCCCCAUGAGAGAGUAGGGCAUGGCUUUUUCCAAGGCUAGAAGGCCAAAAGGACUGUCUGUCUCUGCACAGCAGGCCCAUCCCUCACAUGGACAUAAUAGUUCUGUCAGCUCCUCGCAUCGUCCCAUUGCUCAGCCAUCAAAUCCAGGCCCACCCGUGGGUAACCAAGUGCCCAAAGCUUACACAUGCUGCUGCGUCCUGCUUCUGCCAGAGGGAAUGAAAACAAGAGUGAAGAAUUUGGCUUACAGGGUCUGAGCACAAUCUUCUGCAGGUGUGGACCCGUGGCUCUCCCCUGGAGCUGCUGUUGAUCAGAACUGAAUGCUGAUUAGGGCAGUGUGAGAAAUCAACUCGUCAGUUAUAAGAAUUCUACCAUUUGUUAUGAACCAGGAGGUGGAUUCCUCUGUAAGAUCAUUGAGGAGUCAUGACGAGGGUGAAGCCCUUCUGUACAGGACACAGAUGGUCACUGGCUUGUGCGAAUGCAUCACAUGCUGCUGAUUAAGGAGCCCACAAGAGUGAUUUGAUCUGCAGUAAUCUCAGAAGCACAUGCAUCCCUGCCCCUGCCUGGGCAUAGGCUAGGAGCUUUCUUGCAAUGAUUUCCACCAGGAAUGACAUUUCCAUCCCUGGUUCUGGAGUCUCAAAGUGAGGCUUUUAACAUUCUUUGAUCAAUAAAUAUUUCUGUGUGAUUU